AUGCUGAAUGCUUUUAAGAACUUGCUUAGCUUUGGAGGUAGCAAUAGCAACGGAAAUUCCAGUAAUAAAGGAUCAAGAAAAUAGAGCAAUAAUUCAUAAGGGAAUCCUUCAGAUGAUAAUAUAAGAUAUGAAGUCAUUAAUUUCGAAAUUUAAGAAAAUGAAAAUAUGCCUAGGGUAAAACAGUUUAUAGGUAAAGUCGAAGAAGAAGAGAUAGAAAAUCAAUCUCCUUAAUUAUUAAAGAAGAGAAGUUAGAGUAUGAAUGUUAAUAGCUCAAGUAUAACGAGAAAUAGUGAGCAAUUUAAAAGUAUAGGGGCAAAUCCAAGCGAUCAAAAAUAAGAAGAUGAUGAAUCGAAAUAUAUUUUUUACACAACUACAAAUUAAGAUACACUUAUAGGGCUAUCUAUAAAAUUUAAUAUAUCUGAAUAAAAAAUCAAGCUUAUAAAUGAUGUUUCUGAUACUGUAUUUCCAGGAAUGAAACUUAAAUUUCCUAAAGAACUCUGCUAAAGCUAAUCUACAGAAGAUAGUACUAUUGAUGAUACAUACUAAAUGAAUAGAAGAAAAGCUUUGUCAUUAAAAAAAGAACCUCAAGCUUCGUUAUAAAGCAGAAUGGAUUCAAACUAAGAAAUUCAUAGAUUCCAUUUCUACUACUGUACUCCCUAUGGAAAUAUUAUGGGUUGCUUAUCAAUUAAUGAUAGUGUUAUUAUGUUUGAUCCGUCCCUUUCAAAUGCUACUAAUAUGCAGAAAUUACAAAAGAAAAGAGUGAUUAAAUUUUAAGCAUGUAUAGAUAUUAAAGAUAUAAAUGAGUCUACUGCUCUAGUGUUACCUCCAAGAGCAUCUGAAAUAACUAAUGAAAAUGCUAAAGAAUAUGUCCUACAAAUAUCUCUUAGUCAUAUAGGAAACAAAGAUAUCUAUAAAAAAUAUAAAGAUCGUCUUAAAUAGCUCAAAAAAGAGAAAAAAUCAAUUUCAACAGUGUAUUUCAGAGUAUUUGAAAAGGAUCAUUUAGGAAAUGAUUUAAGUAAUUAAGAUAAGUAGUAAAUAGUUCAAUAAGUUGUAGAAAUCAUUAACAAAAAUAUUGAAAACUACUAAAAGAAAAAACAGGAAUAAAAGCUUGAAGCUGAUUUGCAAAAAUCGAAUAAUAACUCUGACCAAACAAGCAGCAGCGAAGAAAAACAUUUUAAUAGAAGUUAAAGCAACCCAAUUAUUUCAAAAGCAAAUAGUGACUUUGAAAGCAUGUUAUUAAACGAUACAAAAACUCAAGACACUAACAUGACUUAAUCACUUACACAUGAGAAAAGCAAAGAAAAAGAAGAUAAAAGCCAAGAAAAGGAAGAAUAGAAAGAGGGAAGUGAUGAAGAAUUUGAACAAGAAAGCUUAACUAUUUUACCAUUUUUUGAUAUUUUAUAUGAAAAUAUUGUUCAAAAGAAAAAACUUACUACCUAAGAAGCAGAAUAAAAUUAAAUGAAUUAAUGGUUGACUCUUGAAUUUGGUGCUAAGAUGCUCGAGCACUCCAAUGUACUGACCCAGGAAUUGUUUUUACAGAUUAUAUAUUAUGUACCUUCUAUGUUUAGAUACACAAAUUGGAGACUACUAUACUCUAACAUGAAGCAUGGCAUGAGUUUUUAGACCCUGUAUAGACAUUGUGAAGAGGAGUCUCCAAUAUUUUUAGUUGUUUAAACCUUUUAAGGAGAGAAAUUUGGAGCUUACCUUUCUGACCCUCUUCAUAUUACUCAUGCUUUUUAUGGUAAUGGAGAAUGCUUUUUAUUUAAAUUUUAAGGAGAAGAAUAAAAAAUAAAAGCCUUUUAACCUACUGGUAAAAACUAGCAUUUUAUCUUCUCAAAUUCAGAUGGAUUAGGAGUUGGCUGUGGUGAAAAAUAUGGAUUAUUUAUAAAUUGUGACCUAUAUAGAGGGUAGACUAACAAAUGUGAUACAUUUGAUAAUGAAAUUCUAAGCUCUGAUGGAAAAGAAUAGUUUAAAAUAAAAAACAUAGAAAUAUGGGGUAUAGACAUGUGA